GCCCCGUCCUUAUCUACUGCUGGAGCUGCUCACUCCUGGCUCUUUUUUUGUCUUCUUCCCUUCCUUUUCUCAUACCUGCUCUCAUCCCUUGCUUCUUCUGUUUAUCGAAGCAUUGGCCUUUUGUCUCCAGCCGACCUAUUUCUUCUUCUCUUCAAAAGCACCCUGAACAUCUCGCCGCCCACCUCGUGCCGUCUCUCACCUCCCAAUCUCCACCUGCAACACCAAGUAAACAGCUUAUUCCAACAUCACAAUGCCUGCUCCCCAAGUCAACGGCGACGUGGCCAGCCAUGUCCAAUCCGCUUUCCUACAGCACCUGCUCUCAUUCCCCCUAGUCAGCGAUGGCGUCCACACCGUCGCGGCCAACGAGUACGCCCAGAGAUCCUUCAAGCUCGGCGACUCAGCGUACCAGACUUUUGCCGCCCCCAUCAUCCCCUACUUUGCUAGACCCUAUGGCAUCGUCUCGCCCUAUGUCCAAAAGGCCGAUUCCUUUGGCGACAAGACCCUGGACCGCAUCGAAGAGCGCUUCCCCAUCAUCAAGAAGCCCACCAAUGACCUCUACAACGAUACCCGUGGAUUGAUUCUGCUCCCCUACCAAAAGGGACUCGAGGGCAAGGACCACGUCUUCCAGGUCUACGCUUCCGAGCUCAAGAAGCUUGAGCAGCAGGGCGUCGUGGCCCAGGGCAAGGCUGCCGUCUCCACGGCCUUUGUUGUUAGCAACGAGACGCUGGCUUGGCUGAGCAGCUUUGUUGCUGUCAAGAAGGGCGAAGCUGCUGAUUCUACCAAGGAGAAGAUCAACCAGUAAACGACCUGAUGAGAGCGGACCGUAGAGCGAAAAAGCGCACACAUUCAUUGACUUGACCAGCUCUCAUCUCUUUUGUCCUUUUUCCAACUACUUAUCGGCAUUUUGUCUGCGCUCUCUGUCGCUUGAUCUUGAUGGAUUCGAAACGCCAGCUUUCGAUGAAAAGUAUCAGGAAAGUGGGCCGAUCCCGCGUCCCUUUCAAGACGGGGACAUCUACAACCGGUUUCGAUGUCGUCACUUCUCUCUUACCCGGUGGCCAAGCUCUGACGCUUUUUUUUUUUUUUUUGAACUACAUUUUCUUUUAUUCCCUUAUUCCAACAGGCCCUAUCGAUUAUUCAACACCCCUCUCACCCUUUUCGAAACCUAUGAUGCUAUCUUUGAGAAUUGGGAGUCAUAGCUUGGAAUUGGGAAGAGAUGGCGGUUGGCGAUUGAUGUGCCUGUGGAGACGGGCCUCUUUUUUUUUUUUUUCUUUUUCUUUUUUUCUACGGGACAUUAACUCUUCUUUGUUUUGUUGUAUGGGCACUUAUAUGGAAGGACGCAAAAAGGGUAGAAUACCAAUGGGAGUUUGCUUUUGAUGAAAUUGAACACUCAACGCAGUCUCACAACCGUCCUGCUUGCAGAGGUGAUCAUGUGAUGCUACCUGAAACAUGUCUGUGGUACGUAGAAAUCUUUAGCAAAUCCAAGAGGGAACAUCAAACGCUGA